UAAAUAAAUUGUCAUAUGGCCACCCUAUGAAUAUAACUAUAAAUAGACACAUGCACAAAUCUUUAUUUUCAAAACCACUAUAACGACCAAUCAACAUGACCAAUUUCAAAACCAUGACAUGUACGGUUGUUUCUUUGUUGUUCUUCUUUUGUUUAAAUAUUGUACCUUCUUGCUUAGCCUACAAUGUGGUUAGUUUUGGGGCAAAGGGAGAUGGCAGGACAGAUUCAACCUCUGCUUUUCUUCGCGCUUGGUCUGCUGCCUGCCUCUCUACUAGCCAGUCCAAUGUGUAUAUUCCACGAGGAACAUAUUUGGUAAGGACAUUGAGCUUAAAUGGUCCUUGCCGGAGACGUAUGGAAUUCCGAAUUGACGGUACGCUUGUUGCUCCGGCGAAUUAUAACGUAAUUGGCCGUUCUGAGUUCUGGAUUAUGUUUUAUAAGGUUAGUGGGCUUACAGUGUACGGAGGAACUAUUAAUGCCAUGGGACAUGGUUAUUGGUCUUGUCGAAAGGGUGGAAGGUCUUGCCCACAAGGAGCUAGGUCAAUACAAUUUAUGUGGUGUAACAAUGUACUACUUAAGGGUUUGACAUCACUGGACAGUCAAAGAGUACACGUAGGGAUUGGUUACAGCAGCAAUGUCAGAGUUGAAAAUGUUAAGAUAACAGCUCCAAGUGGAAGCCCAAACACUGAUGGCAUUCAUGUCCAGAACUCAAGGGGGAUUACCAUUAAAGGCAGCAUUAUCAAGACUGGAGAUGACUGCAUUUCCAUUGGCCCUGGCUCUAUGCACAUGUGGAUUGAACAAAUUGGAUGUGGACCUGGACACGGCAUCAGCAUAGGAAGUUUGGGAAGCAGUAAUAAUGAAGAAGGAGUUGCGAAUAUAACAGUAACAAAUUCGGUUUUCACAAAGACACAAAAUGGCGUUAGAGUAAAGUCAUGGGCCAGACCAAGUGGUGGCUAUGCUAGAAAUCUCAUGUUCACAAAUCUUAUUAUGAGGAAUGUUGGGUAUCCCAUACUCAUUGACCAAAAUUAUUGUCCCACUAAUAAUUGCCCCCGUCAGAAUUCAGGAGUAAAGGUGAGUCAAGUAACAUACAAGAAUGUGAAAGGGACGUCAUCCACACAGCAAGCUAUAAAAUUUGAUUGUAGUUACUCAAAUCCAUGUACUGGAAUCAGACUGCAAGACAUAAAGCUUACUCACAAUGAUCGCUUAAGAAGGCCAGCCGUAACGUACUGUAGAAAUGCAAGGGGAAGACGUGGUGGCACAGUUAUUCCAAGGAGUUGCUUCUAAUUAAAACACAAUAUAAAUUGAAAAUGAACUUCUUGUAUAUACUUUUCAUAUUCAAGUUGAAUGUGCAAGUCCAACUCAUUCCCAAUCCUCCCAUCUCUAUGAAAAAGAAAAGAAAUAAAAGUCUAAGCUAUGUCUAAUUGUUCUAUUGGUUAUUUGACUUUAUAGUAUUCUUAGGGUCCAGACUAAUAUAGAGUGUCCCAUAUUGGCCUAUUUGUUCGAUGGUUUGAUAUCAUGUAAAUUGGUGAUACCUCUGUCUAAAGAUAUAUAGAUGACAA